CCACCCCGGGCCGGGGGAAAGGCUGCUGCUCCACCGGGUGCAGCCUGAUGGGAAGCCUGGGAUCCUCCCCACCCUCCUCGUCCCGCGAGCCGCCCGGCUCCUCCUCCCAGCCCAGGUGGGCACAAGCCUAUAUCAGCCCCCGAGCAUGCUCCUCAGCAGGGCUUAGGGGUUCUGCUUGUGCUGAAGAUGCAGCGGAUGGAGAGCAGUGCUCGCCCCUUCAAGCAGAGGAAGAGCCUUGCCACUAGGAUGCAUGAAGUGACGGAGAUCCGGAUAAAAUACCCCAACAAGAUCCCGGUGGUGGUGGAGCGCUACCAGAAGGAGAAGAACUUGCCCCCCUUGAGCAGGAGCAAGUUUCUGGUGUCCCAGGACCUGCCGCUGUCCCAGUUCGCCGUCACCCUGCGGACGCGUCUGUGCCUGGCCCCCUCCCAGACCUUCUACCUGCUGGUGAACAACAGAGGGCUGCCCAACAUGACGGCCACCAUGCAGGAGCUGUACCGCGACCACAAGGACGAGGACGGCUUCCUCUACUUGACCUACGCCUCCCAGGAGGUGUUCGGCAGCUCUUGCUCCGGUGGCUGCUCGGCUGCGAGCUGCCCGCUGACGCCUCGUCCCAGCGGCUGCUCGUCCUGCUCACCUCAUCCCGAGGCACAAAUUAUUCUCACAACACAGCAGAACGCGGUGCUGGUUCACUCUGAUCCACCGGAAGCUCCUUCUUCUAAGAGGUUCUUCUAA